AUGAGUCUGUCUGGGCAGCACGAGGAGAGAGGCACUGCCUCUAAAAGCAAGUAUUCCGACCAAGAGGAGGGGGCCACAGCCUCUAAAAAGAGUCUUCCUCAAGACACCAGUUCUAAGAGUGUCCAGAAGCCCAGAGCAGAAUCCCCUACAACCAGCCUGCUAUCAAUGAAGAGUGAUCAGACAACUGCUUUCAGCCAGGAACCAUUACCAGAUGACAAUAAGGAAGUGGAGAGUUUGGACAGUGAGGAUGCAUUAAAGAUCACACACAACCUUCUGGACAGAAGAAGUCAAACUCUGCUGACAGUCCAGCAAGACAUUAAGGCUAAACUGAAACACAAGUAUCAACACAUAUCUGAAGGAAUUGGACACCAUGGAAACCAAAGUCUGUUAAACGACAUCUACACAAAGCUCUACAUCACAGAGGGUGGAAGUGGAGGGCUCAAUAAUGAACAUGAGGUUAGACAGAUAGAGAUGGCAUCCAAGAAACAAACCACACAAGAGACACCAAUCAAAUGCAACGACAUCUUCAAGCCUUUACCUGGACAAGACAAACCUAUCAGAACUGUGCUGACAAAAGGAAUCGCUGGCAUUGGAAAAACAGUCUCUGUGCAGAAGUUCCUCCUUGACUGGGCAGAGGGAAAAGCAAAUCAGGACGUUCAUUUCAUGUUUCCUCUUCCUUUCCGUGAUCUGAACCUGAAAAAGGACCAAUACAGUCUGAUGCAACUUCUUUCCCACUACUUCUCAGAGCUGAAAGAGAUUGACAGCAUUGAAGAUGGUGAAACCAAAACUGUUUUCAUUUUUGAUGGUCUGGAUGAGUGUCGACUUCCUCUAGACUUCAUAAACAUUGAGAAGUGCUGUGAUGUCACGAAGCCAACCUCAGUGGCCGUGCUACUGACAAACCUCAUCAAGGGGAAUCUGCUUCCCUCUGCUCUCCUCUGGAUAACCACACGACCUGCAGCAGCCAAUAAGAUCCCUCCUGAGUGCGUUGACCAGGUGAUAGAGGUACGAGGGUUCAAUGAUCCACAGAAGGAGGAAUACUUCAGGAAGAAGAUCACAGAUCAGAAUCUGUCCAAUGAAAUCAUCAAACACAUAGAGGACUCAAGGAGCCUCCACAUCAUGUGCCACAUUCCAAUAUUCUGUUGGAUAUCAGCCACUGUCCUUGAGAUGAUGCUGAAAGAGGCAGAGAAGGAUGAUCUCCCCACAACUCUGACCCACAUGUACUCACAUUUCAUUCUCAUCCAAAUCAUUGUGAAGAACAAGAAGUACAACAAAGCCACAGAGACAAACCCAAAGGAACUGUCUCAGGCAGACAAAGAUAUGAUCCUGAAACUGGCAAAGCUGGCUUUCCAACAGCUGCAGAAGGGCAACCUGAUCUUCUAUGAGGAGGACCUGAGAGAGUGUGGCCUUGAUGUGACAGAGGCAUCCGAGUACUCAGCAUUGUGUACAGAGAUCUUUAAAGAAGAAUCUGGGCUGUACCAAGAGAAGGUCUACAGCUUUGUGCAUCUGAGCAUUCAGGAGUUUCUAGCAGCAGUGCAUGCUUUAGAAUCAUGUCUGGACAAGAAGGAAAAUGUUUUCUCCCCCACUAGUGAUGAUGAAGAGAAGGAGUCAAUCCAGUUGUCUGACUUACACAGGAGCGCAGUGGACCAGGCCUUGAAGAGUGAGAAUGGACACCUGGACCUGUUCCUCCGCUUCCUUCUGGGUCUCUCACUGGAGUCCAAUCAGAAUCUCGUACGAGGCCUUCUGACACAGACAGGAAGUACAACACAGACCAAUGAGGAAACAGUUAAGAGAACAGUCAGGUACCUUUCAGACAAGAUCAAGUACGAAUCCUCACCAGAAAGGGUCAUCAACUUGUUCCACUGUCUGAAUGAACUUGGUGACAAUUCUCUAGUUGAAGAGAUGCAGACCUCCAUGCGAUCAGGAACUCUUUCAGAAACAGAGCUAAAACCUGACCAAUGUUCAGCCCUGGUCUACCUGUUACUGAUGUCAGAGGAGGUGCUGGAGGAGUUUGACCUGAAGACAUACAACACAUCAGAGAAAGGUUAUCAGAAGUUGCUGCCAGUAGUGAAAACCUGCAAGAGAGCACUACUAGCUUGCUGUAAACUCACAUAUGAAUCCUGUGAGACUCUGGCCUCAGCUCUGCAGACACCAAACUCCCCCCUGAGAGAACUGGACCUCAGCUACAAUGACCUGGGAGACAGAGGAGUGAAGCAGCUCUAUGUUAGACUAACCAGUCCACUCUGCAACAUAGAGACACUUGUUCUAGGUCAGUGUGGUCUGACAGAGGGUUGCUGUUCAGAUCUGGCCUCAGUCCUGAGUUCACCCAACUCACAACUGAAACAACUGGAGCUGAGAGACAAUGACCUGCAGGACUCAGGAGUUACACUGCUGUCUGCUGGACUGGAGGAUCCAGACUGUAAACUACACACACUGGGGCUGUCUGGCUGUCUGGUCACAGAGGAGGGCUGUGCUGCUCUGUCUUCAGCUCUGAGGUCAAACCCCUCCCACCUGAAAGAGCUGGACCUGAGCUACAAUCACCCAGGAGACUCUGCAGGGGGACUGCUUUCAGCUGCUCUGGUGGAUCCCACAUAUAAACUGAUGAAGCUGAAUGUGGAUCAUGGUGGAGAGUGCAGGCUGAAAUCAGGGCUGAGGAAAUAUGCCUGUCAUCUCACCCUGGACCCAAAUACAGCACACCCAAACCUGAUACUGUCUGAGGGGAACAGGAAGGUGACACGGGUGUUGAAGAAGCAGCAUUAUGAAGACCAUCCAGACAGAUUUGAAUGUCAUUGCCAAGUUGUCUGCGGUGAAGUCAUUUCUGGAUGUCGUUAUUACUGGGAGGUGGAGAGGGAUGGUGACAAAGCUGACAUUGGCGUGGUGUACAAAGGAAUGAAGAGGAAGGGAAGGGAGGAUGACAGUUGGAUUGGACUCAAUAGGAAGUCCUGGUGUUUAUACUGCUAUGAUAGUGCUUAUGAAUUUAUCCAUGCUGGAGUUAGCAGAUCCAUCUCUGGUCCUGUUUCUAACAGAGUUGGAGUGUAUCUGGACUGGCCAGCUGGUACUUUGUCCUUCUAUAGUGUGUCCUCUGGUACACUGACACACCUUUACACAGAACACACCACAUUCACUGAACCCCUCUAUCCUGGAUUUGGGGUUUACUCCUCCUCCUCAGUGACCCUGUGUCAGAUAGAUGACCAACACAUUCAGAGGUGA